AGUUAGGCUUGUUUCUGUCGUCACUCGGGUGUAUCUUCAUAGUUCUUGUAUCUGGUUGGACCGACCCUGCAGUUGCGAGAAGUCGUUAACACAAUGUCAACCCAUCGAGGGCAUGGGGGAAACCAUCAGUUGCCGGCUAACCCUGCAUGGAUAGAGAUCCCAAGGUCCGACGGUGAUUCAAGUCAGUGGCCGACUAACACUACGCGGGUUGUCGACCACGAAGGUCAUGUAAAUUUUAUGCGUCCCUGCGCACUUGACGAGAGUGCGAGUAUCGGCUGGCGGAGGAACAUAGGCACGAAUUUAGCGAAGCGGUUGGGUCUGCCAGACGGACGUGACUAUGUUCUGAAAGCUUGGCCCGAAGGUUACCAGAUGUUUGACCAUAACAAAGGACCUCAAGAUGCGCCGCGGCAUGACCCCUACCUCAUCGGCUCGGUGAACGUUAAGCGGUUUCGUUCGGUGCCCGAAUUCCUCCCCCAUGCGCUGUGGCUCAUUCAAGAUCCAACCAUGAACCGAGCGAACUGCCAGUGCAAAUACUGCGGUAAAACGCCUCAGCGCAUUGUUUCGGAGUCGUUUGGCUUUUCACCAGGUCGGUCAGCUGGUUCGGUGGGUCCUUCACAAUCCCCCGGUCCAUCCACUAGGGUUCCGCGGCCGCCCAAACCGAAAGUACAGAGAGAGGGCGAAGCGGUGUCCCGUCCUGUCCCGUACACCGCUAUUCGCAAGGCGCCUGCGCCGGCUAAACGGCCGAAAACUCACGAACCUAAGCAGUCGAUGUCGAGCCACAGAGCGAACGAUCUCGCCGCCGCGUACUCUGGCAUAGAGCCGCGACGCCAGUUCAGGGUCGGUGAACUGGUCUGGUGUGCGCUAGACCCUCCCAUCAUGGGCAAAACGAUAUUGUCUUCUAUAUUCUACUGGCCCGGUAUCAUCAAGGAGACAAGUGUGAAGAGUGAAGCCAUCAUCGAUCCUGCGGAGUGGCACCGCGUAAAUGACCUCGGUGCUGAACACAACGCUCAUCCGAUUCCUUCGACGAGCGCUGAAGCUGGGCCGAUCACGCCACAGAAACCUUUGUGGGAUGUUCGACAGUGGUUUGAAUUCAAGGUACACCUGCAAGGGAUAAGUUCAGGCAUGGUCACAGUGGAGUCCAAACUGCUACCUUACCAAGCGUACGCGGUUCCCUACGAGCUCAUGCUAGCCUUGCACGAGGCGCCCAUCCAGAAUCUUGACACUUCCCCAGAAACGAUCUCAGCGUUCAACCCGUGCCACCCGAAGAAGGACCAAACCCGAGUACUCUUUGAUGACGCAGUUGCACCUUAUUCGCUGGCUCUCCAGGUAGCGUCAAGUCUGGCGACCUAUUGGACGCCUACCGACGAGUGGGAUCUUACCAUGGACGUCCGCCCGCCUCCAUCCUCCGCUCUUCCAGCUCAUUCUAGCGGAUCUCCGUGGCCCACGUGGCCUCCCGAAGAGGUAUCGGGCCCAAGCGACUUAACACCGGACGAACUGAAGUCCCUCAGCGUGCGUAUGCUGGGCCAACCACCAGCCUCUCCGUCGAAAUCGUACACUCAGACGCAUUAUCAAGGCUUGUGGUGGGGUCCCGAACGCAUCUGGGUCGAUGACCUCAUCAGACUGAAACCUGCACGUCGACAGAUUGCACCUCAAGGUACUGAUAAGAUCAAGCCGCCUUCGGGCCCCGGGCGAGCGACGCUGGAGUAUUUGGCAGCUGUGGAAGCUAAAGCCCAUGAAGACGGGAUGGACGUGGAUCGUGCGGUCUUGCCGCCGCAGGCUAUGGGCGCUCAGAACCGGGGAGUAUUUAUGAAGCUGGAAGAGGUGUACUUGGCCGAGUACAUGGAAGGGGGUAAGCCUAAGAAGGAGGCCAGGGCCUGUGGGAUGCUCUACGAGCUUGCUGAUGAAGACUGGGAAGAUGACAGCGAAGGGAGCCCUCCCCCGCAGCACAGUAACGGUAAAGGAAAAGAAAAGGCGAGGGAGGAUGGUCAGGGCUUCGGGCCUGUGCCACCUGGAGGGCAGGACGGACCUGCAUAUAUGCCAGGGCCAUCACCAUUGAAACCUCCGCCGCUCCCCAAUCCUUCGCCGUCUGUUGCGCUACAAGAUACUGCUGCAUCAGUCCUUAAAGAAGCUCUUCCGUCCACGCAUGGCCACGUUACCUCCAAGUCUGCUAAUGGAUCUUCAGUUUCGACAAUCGGUCAGGUGAAACCUCCUUUACUCAGUACCACAUAUCCUCUGCCGCUUGCUCCGCACAAGUACAAGUUCCGCCAAAUUCUUCCGACAGGAUAUCAGGUGGUCGUGGUCCUGAGCCUUAUCUCUGGACGAUAUUACCCUCGUAUAGCUGAACAUCCCGAGGCCUUCCUUGCUGGUAGUCGAAUACGCAAGGAAUCGAAUGACGACGCCGUAUUCGAAUACCUGACGGAACUGACGAGUCUCGAAGGCGUCACUCCUGGGUACUACAACGCGGUGGAAGCGACCAAGUGGAAGCCGAACCGCAUCACGAUGUUCAAAGAGGCUGAUGAGGAGGGCCGGACCGAUACUUGGAACACCUGGCAGGCCAAGCGACGGCUACUUGAGGAGGAAAUGGUAGUCGAUAUGUAGAUUGUAACAAUGUCUGUUCCCUUGUCGUGCUUGUGUAUGGGAUGAUUAUUACUGCAUUUGUGCUCCCCUUCGCUACUAUUCUGCCAGCAUCGUAUAGCACAGCGUCGCUGCCCCUUGCAUAUGAAAGCGUGUCG